CGAUGAAAAUGUAGUCAUUGAACAAUGUCUCAAAUAUUUGAAAAGUAUAUGGUAAAAAAUGGUAAAAAAAUGAUCUGAAAUAGGAUCAAAAUAACUUCAAAAAAAUCCAAUAGAAUAAUCAAUUUGCGUAGUAAUUCUGAUUGUAAGACAUAUUACACAUAUUGAUAAAAGCGAAGGAUUAUUAACCAUUGAAAGAUAUAUAUUGUUUCAUUGAAAGUUCUUAACUGAGAGAUCAUUAUUAUUGCAUCUCAGUCCUGCUACAAUUGAAGAAAAAAACAAGAUUUAGCUAAUUAAAAGAUCAAUGAUGAUGGACCUUGCGACAACUGCAAGAACUGCAAUACAAGCGAAUGCGAUUCCGAUCGGUAUCGGAAAACUAAGUAUCAUACCGAUUAUAGUAUCUGCCUUAACUUAUUUGAACUAUAAUUUAGUAGAUCCUGAAAAUCAACCUCAAGUCACGAAAAAAUUAUUAAAAGAAUAUGAUUUUAUAGUGGUCGGUGGAGGUUCAGCAGGUAGCGUUGUCGUUAACAGAUUAACAGAGAAUCCAGAAUGGAAUGUGCUUCUUUUAGAAGCAGGUGGUAAAGAAAACGAGAUCACAGACAUACCAAUUUUUUCUUUUUUCUUGCAAAACAGCAAACUGGAUUGGAAAUAUAAGCCUCAAGCACAGGAUAAUGCUUGCCAAGCAAUGAAAGAUAACCGUUGCCGUUGGCCUCGUGGAAAGGUAUUAGGUGGUUCGAGCGUACUUAAUACUAUGAUUUAUAUUCGUGGGAAUCGUCAUGACUACGAUCAAUGGGAAAGCCUUGGUAAUCCUGGUUGGGGAUACGAAGAUAUACUCCCAUACUUUAAAAAGUCACAGGAUCAAAGAAACCCAUAUUUGGCGCGAAACAAAAAAUACCAUAGCACAGGAGGUUACUUGACCGUUCAAGAUUCUCCGUAUAAUACGCCUCUGGGUCCAGCAUAUCUUCAAGCUGCAGAAGAAAUGGGUUAUGAUAUAGUGGAUGUAAAUGGCGAACAACAAACGGGCUUCGCAUUCCUUCAAUAUACAAUGCGUAGGGGUACUAGAUGUAGUGCGGCCAAAGCAUUUAUACGACCCAUUCAAUUUCGAAAGAAUUUUCACUUAUCACUAUGGAGUUAUGUUACGCGUAUUCUCAUAGAUCCAAGUACGAAAAAAGCCUACGGCGUAGAAUUCAUUAGGAAUGGUCGUGUUGAGACCGUAUUUGCAAAGAAAGAAGUUAUACUUUCGGCAGGUGCCAUAAACACUCCUCAAUUAUUGAUGCUAUCUGGAAUCGGAGCUAGGAAUCACCUUGAAGAUCUUGGUAUUCCAGUGAUCCAGGAUUCACCUGGUGUAGGACAGAACCUUCAAGAUCAUAUAGCACUUGGUGGUCUAAUCUUCCUCAUUGAUAACGAGAUCAGCUAUAAGUACAAUCACGUGAUAAAUAUAAACGCUGCAUUGAGAUAUGCAAUUACCGAGGAUGGUCCUCUAACUUCGAGCGUUGGUCUGGAAGUAAUAGGUUUCCUAUCCACCAAAUACGCCAAUCAAACGGAUGAUUGGCCUGAUAUAGAGUUCAUGGUUUGCUCUAGCAGUAUUACUACUGGAGGAAAACAAGUAAGGAAAGUUAUGGGUCUAACAGACGAUUUUUAUGAUGAAGUCUAUGGAGCGAUUACUGAUCAAAGUAAUUUCAAUAUCUUUCCGAUGCUCCUCAGACCCAAAUCUCAAGGUUAUAUAAAAUUAAAGUCAAAAAAUCCACUCGAUUAUCCGUUGAUAUAUCAUAAUUAUUUGACGAAUCCUGAUGACGUGAGAGUAUUGCGAGAAGGAGUUAAAGCAGCAAUUGCAUUUGCUGAAACAAGUAGUUUGAGAAGAUUAGGAGCAAGAUUUCACAGUAAGCCAUUUCCAAAUUGUAAACAUCAUCCGAUGUUCACAGACGAGUAUUGGGAAUGUGCGAUUCGUCAAUUCACGAUGACUAUUUAUCACAUGUGCUGCACUGCGAAAAUGGGUCCACGAUCCGACCCAAUGGCCGUCGUAGAUCCCUCUUUAAAAGUAUAUGGAGUAGAAGGACUUCGAGUGAUCGAUGCUUCGAUCAUGCCCACGAUCGUUAGUAGCAACAUCAAUGCACCUGUAAUAAUGAUAGGUGAAAAGGGUUCAGAUCUCAUAAAAGAAGAUUGGUUUUAUAGACAAAAAAGAAGCAAUAAGACUAUUGCAGCUUCUUUCGAUGAACAUUAA